GCGCAUGCGCCGCAGCAAGGAUGGCUGGUAAUCAUUGGAGGGCUGGUGGCAGGGGGCGGAGAGCUCUAGUGUCUGGUUUUGGGCGGGAAUUGAAACAGCCACUGCUGCCAACAAGAGCUUGAAAGCUGCAAACUUUCAGCCUUGGAGGGGGCCAUGGUGCGGCCUGUGAGGCAUAAGAAAUCGGUCAAUUACUCACAGUUUGAGGACUCUGACAGUGAUGAUGACUUUAUUUCUGCAACUGCACCUUUAAAUAAAAAACCCAGAACAACACCAAAGGAGUUAAAACUAGAAACAAGGAAACCUAAACUGAAGAAUCUCCAGAAAGAAGAUAUCCCAUUGCAAGAGAAAACCCCUAAAAAAAGGAUGGCUUUAGAUGACAAGCUCUACCAGCGAGACUUAGAAGUCGCACUUGCUUUAUCAGUGAAGGAACUUCCAACAGUCACCACUGAUGCGGAAGAAGCUCAAGAUAAAAGCAUUGAAAAGUGUGACAGUCGUGAAAGUGAAACAAUGAGUAAGGCCCCUCAUAUCUCCAAUUGCAGUGUAGCCAGCGAUUAUUUAGAUUUGGAUAAGAUUACUGAGGAAGAUGAUUUUCCUGGUGUUCAAGGGAAAAGAAAAGCAGCAUCAAAGGCUUUGGUACAACAGAGGAAGAUUCUUCUGGAAGGCAGUGAUGGCAAUAGUGCUAAUGACUCUGAACCAGACUUUGCAACUGGUGAAGAGUCCGAGGAUGACUCUGAUUUUAGUGAGAGUGAAGAUAAUGAUGAAGACUUCACUGUGAGAAAAAAUAAAGUGAAAGAAAUUAAAAAGAAAGAAGUGAAGGUCAAAUCCCCAGUUGAAAAGAAGGAGAAGAAACCUAAAUCCAAAUGUAAUACUUUGGUGACUUCAGGAGACUCUGCUCCAGCUUCUGUGAAAUCAGAACUUCAGCCUUCACCAAAAAAGGUUUCUGGUUCUUCGGAGGUCACUAGGAAACCAUUACAAAUACGCAGUCCUUUAGCUGAAAACAAAAAACCUAAGUGGGUCCCACCAGCGAUGUCCGGAAGCAGCAGCAUCAGGAGCCCACUGGCAGGCGUGUCUGUUAAGUCUCCAAAUCAGAGUCUCCGCCUGGGUUUGUCCAGAUUAGCACGAGUUAAACCUUUGCAUCCAAAUGCCGCUAGUAGCUGAGUGUGAUAGUAAACACAUGUUUGAUUAAGAGAAUCACAGUUUUACAAGUGUGUUUAUAUUUGAUUUGUGUUUAUAUUUAAGGAGGGUAUCAUAAGAUAAAGGAAUCCUUUAAUAUCCUAUAAAUUGCCGCUACCCAUUCCAUGAUGAUAUUCUCUGAAGCUAUUCAAGAUUUCAAUAAGGGGUUUGUUUAUCAGAAUUAUCUUGUAAUGCCCUUUCCUUCUGGAGAAUGUGUUCUAUUUUUCCUGUGUAUAAUAAGUCAUUGUCAUUCAGUGGUUGUCAGUUUGACAUGGAGAAAGUCCAUGUUGCAUGCUAUUCUUUUCUAGAAACAUGAUGCUCCUUUCUAGCUUUGUCUAAUUUAUGGCAUCUUAACUGUAACUAUUCAGAGUUUAAAAGGAAACAUUCCCACUUUUUCCAGGAGACAUUUCUGAAAUCUUAAGCUACAUUGUCAGUUUAAUUGCAAAAAUGUUUCAUAUUUUAGUCAAAUACUAAGAAUUCAGAAUUCAUUUACCCAUUAAAAUGGUUGCUAUAAUGACCUAUGUCUCCUACUCAGAAGUAGAUGUUUAUUGUAUAGCAAAUAGAAUUUCAUGACAUUUUAUGAAGUUCUCAUCAAAGCCUUUAAUAAAAGUGAAAAAGUUUUGAUAUGCUCUUUCCUUGA